AUGGAGAACAAAAUCUCACUGGGCGAUGCCGUCCACCUGGAAUCCAACUCACCCCCGGACAAAGUGCUGCAAGAAAGAAGACCAUACGGCGAGCCUGGUUUCAAGGGCAUCUUCUCCAACAAAUAUGUCACUGUCUGCGCCGCUUUCGCUACCGUGGGCGGCUCCUUGUUUGGGUACGACCAGGGUGUGAUCUCAAUCAUCCUCACCAUGGAUCAAUUCCAGCAACAGUUCCCUCAGGUUUCCACCUCGGCAUCCGGGGGUGGCUUCCAAAAGGGCUUGCUGACAGCCAUGAUUGAGCUGGGUGCCUUCCUGGGCGCUAUGAACCAGGGAUGGCUUGCCGACAAGAUCUCUCGCAAGUGGUCCAUUUUUGUGGCGGCAAUCAUUUUCUUAAUUGGCUCUGCUAUCCAAACUGGUGCAAAUGACUUUGGGAUGCUUCUUGCUGGACGGUUUAUCGGCGGCAUAGGAGUCGGCAUGCUGGCCAUGGUGGCUCCGUUAUACAUUUCAGAAAUUGCACCGCCCGAAAUCAGGGGCACUUUGCUCGUUCUGCAGGAAUUUUCCAUCGUCACUGCUAUCGUUGUGGCUUUCUAUAUCACCUAUGGCACUCGCUACAUUGCAGGCGAAUGGUCGUGGCGUCUUCCAUUUCUUAUCCAGAUGGUUCCGGCGUUGAUUCUCGCAGCCGGUAUCCCCUUUCUACCCUAUUCGCCUCGCUGGCUUGCGGCGCGAGGUCAUGACGAGCAAUCCUUGGCCGCUCUAGCCAAGCUGCGCAAUCUCCCACCCACCGACGAACGAGUGCUACACGAAUGGUGCGACAUACUGUCUGAGGCGGCCUAUCGAAAGGAACUCAGUGCUGAGCGGUAUCCAAAGCUGCAGAAUGAGAGCUACUCGAGCCGCAUCAAACUCUCUGCCCUCAACUACAUCGACUGUUUCCGUAGAGGGUGCUGGAAACGGACACAUGUCGGUAUUGGUUUGAUGUUUUUUCAACAAUUCGUCGGUGUGAACGCGUUGAUCUACUACUCCCCGUCCCUCUUCGAGGCCAUGGGCUUGGAUUACGAGCUUCAGCUCGACAUGUCCGGAGUGCUCAACAUCUGCCAGCUGGUCGCUUGCGUCUGGUCCCUCUGGGGCAUGGAUCGCUUUGGCCGGAGACCAUUGCUGCUCGGAGGCACAGUAUGCAUGGCGGCUGCGCAUUUGAUCAUUGCUGCCCUGAUGGGUAAGUUUGAGCACAGCUGGCCCACACAUAAAGCCGAGGCCUGGGGCUGCGUAGCAAUGCUGUUCUUCUUCAUGCUCGCAUAUGGCAGCACCUGGGGCCCCAUUCCCUGGGCCAUGCCUUCAGAAAUCUUCCCGGGUUCGCUGCGAGCAAAAGGUGUAGCGUUUGCCACCAUGUCGAACUGGCUCAACAACUUUAUUAUCGGUCUUAUAACACCGCCUCUGAUCCAGAAUACGGGAUAUGGCACGUAUGUUUUCUUUUGUGCGUUCUCCAUUCUCGCGGCUGUGUGGGUUUGGUUUUUUGUUCCAGAGACAAACGGCCGCACUUUGGAAGAAAUGGACCACGUUUUCCGUGACAACACUGCCGAAGAUGAACAGGCUCGACGCAGCCGUAUUGAAGCAUCGAUUGUGGCUCGUAUCUGGGCCAAUGACGGUCGGCCUUGA